AAAAUCAUGGUUUCCUUGUAGGUCAUCAUCAUAAAUGAAAUUGUGUCACCUGUUUAUACUCGUAGAUAAGUACGAUAUAUCUUUGGUUUUCCCCUUUUGUUUAAAGCUCCCUAUAAAGGCAAGCGAUCGAUGCAGGUGGCAAUUUAGUGUUUUGAUUACUUACAUUGGAAAAUGAAGUUACUGUGUGUUGCUUUCGCAGUCGUGCUUGGGGUGAGUUCCAAGUCGUUCCACGCAAACUUGGGACCAGAAAUGGCUUGUCUCAAGGAGCAAAAUCUUACAUUGAAAGACGUCUUCCCAUACGUGCACAUCGUUUCGGACGUCAAUAAUGAGGUAGUGGGCCGCUAUUUAGAAUGCGUUUGGAAGAAAUGGAACAUUUUAACAUCGAAUGGCAACGUUAGCGGUGCCGAUAUUUACAAAUACCUAACAAAUAUUUACCACAACGCCAAUUUGACCGAGAAUAACAAGCAAGAAAUGAGAGAUGCGUCUAAUAAGUGCGCAAAAGUGACGGACCAGUCGGAAUGGAUUUUGGCAAAUAAGGUCAAAAACUGUAUAAUUAAGGCGGUUAAUGAAAUGCCAUUUUUAACCCAACCGAAACCACACAAUUAAAACGUGUGUAUAUGUACAUUUAUAAUCUGGACAUGUUUUGUAUUCUUUUAAUAUAGUAUCAAGCCUAUGAUUUAAAAUAAACGCAUAAAUACCAUCUCGAA